UAUAUUCUAUUAUUUCAGGUAUAUUUUAUUAUAUGAACAAAUCUUUCAGGGGGGUGAAUACUGAAAAAUAUUUCGAAUAUGGCCGACGAGGAAAGAGAAAUAAAAUAUGAGUAUCUCGACCACACAGCUGAUGUACAAUUACAUGCUUGGGGCGAUGAUCUGAAAGAAGCCUUUGAACAGGUUGGCCUGGCUAUGUAUGGUUAUAUGACUGAACUAUCCACAGUUGAUGUGGAAAGGACAGAAACCAUCCAAGCAGAAGGUGAUGACAUCUUGUCUCUUCUCUUCCAUUUUCUUGAUGAAUUGCUUUUCCUAUUUUGUGCUGAGCCUUUUUUCAUUGGAAAGGAAAUUGAAAUCACAGAGUUUGAUAAAGAAAACUUUACAAUCAAAGCCACUGUACAAGGAGAAACAUUUGAUUUAGACAAACAUCCACAGGGAACAGAAGUGAAGGCUAUAACAUAUUCAAACAUGCAAGUUUUUGAUGAUCAAGAAAAGCAUGAAGUCUAUGUGAUUAUUGAUAUUUAACAGGAGAAAUAAUCAAGUAUCACUGAAAUGAAUCAAGUUUUUGAAUGCCACAUCAAAUGAGGCACUCAUUUGGACAAACAUCAGCAUCUCCCUGGGAGGAAGCUGUGAUCUCAGGACUCCCUUCAAUAUUCUUCCAAUUUGAAGUGGAUGGAAAGAAAAUAAAGGAUGAUGAAAGGUGAGCUGGAAAACUCUGAACAAUGUGAUCAUCUCCAAGAAUUUAUGAAGACAUUUUCAUGAAAUAAACUAUAGUAUUACUCAAACACUGACAUUCUUAAAAAUUGCAUCUGAUCUAACAUAAUACUAACAUGGGUUGACCAUUCCAAAAAAUUGAUUUUUUUAAGAGAGGGAACUCAAGUGUAGUGACUGUAGUCUGACUGUAAACUCUAAUAAUUAUUAUUAAUAUCAAUAAAAUUUCAUGCAAAUUGUUA